UGCAAGACGAUCACUCACGCCAUCGUUGCAACGUGGGCCGCAUUUCCGCUGUGCUCAAUCGAGUCUCCCGACACGACCAUACUCGUCAGGCUCAUCCUCAGCUAUGCCCUUCAAGCCUUCUAAAGAGGAAGAUAAAGCCCAGAUCAAGGCCGAAGUCGACAGUUUACUGGAGAACGGAUGGAAAUUUGAUGAAAAUGAAACUCAACUUGAGAAAACAUACUACCUAAAGCUGUACACCAAAGUUUUAGACCUUCAUACUAUGAUCGGUAUCGGAAGUAAAGCACACAAUCAUCAUUCAACUAUGACUACGGAUCAUGGUUCUUUGUCUGUUUGCUGGCAGACGCACGAUCCUCCAGGAAUUAGUUUGAAAGACACAUUGAUGGCGAGGUUUUGCGAUGAGCAGGCAAAAUUGAUCGGAGCAGUCCAGAAGAGCUAAUUACGCAUUCAUGUACCUAAAAUGCACAUUCACUAUCCCAUGCUAAGCAGCAUUUCCU